UCUAUUGCUUGAAUGGAGACUUGCAUUGAAUGUUGAAAAACGCGUUUCAAUGCAAACCAAUGGAAACCAAUGGAAAGGAAAUGAUUUCUCAAUUUUAGUCAAAAAAGUGUUUAUUUUUUAAUUAAUUAUUUCAUUAUUUAAACGUUUAAUCAUUAUUUCAUUUAUAUAUGAAUUGCAGUCAAACACACAAUUAUGUCAUGAUUUGCCGCAAGUCUUCAUUUCUCACACCCUUUUCGACACCAAAACUAUUGAUUAGAUUUUAAUGCAAUUAUCACCGAAAUGGGAAUCAACCGAAGGACUAACCUCUUGAACCUUAGGGAUCAGCCCAAGUUAAUUAAGGCGAUCCUUCGCAAUGACAAACCAGUGGUGAGUCGUCUGAUCUCAGACCAGGAAGAAGUGGAUAAAUGCGAUGUCGAGCGAAGAACUCCUCUGCAUUUGGCCGCAGCGUUGGGACUGACGGCGAUCGCAGAGCUGCUGCUGAGUGGAGGCGCGCGAGUGAACGCCAGAGACAACAAUUGGGUCAGUCCUGUGCACAGGGCGUGCAGGAACAACCACGAAGACGUCGUGUCACUCCUCUUGGCCAACGGCGCCGACGCCAACACCCGCGACCGCCAGUGGAUCACUCCCUUACACGUGUGCGCCGCCAACAAUGGUCUCGAGUGCGCGCGAGUCCUCUUACCCCACAUCAACUCCAUCGACGCC